AAUCUGCUGUUUUAUAUGUGAAAGGGAUGCUAAUAAAUUUCCCCCUCUUAUUCUGCAUAUUCCUCUUCUUUCUCGGAUUCUCGUCACCAUUUAAAGGAAUUGAUCCCCAGCUAAUAAUUGAUAAUUAUAUCGUUAUUUUGAAAUGUACUUUUGUUUUUUUAGUAACCCAUCUUAUCUUUCCUCGGCAUCAAAUAAUAACCAGUGGUUUCGGCUUUUGGCCUUGUUAUAAGUGAUAUGAAUUUCAUACUGUUCAAUAUUUAUAAAAUAUUAUGUGGACAUAUUCCGUCCUUUUAAUUGAUGGAAGUCUGGCUUUUGAUCUUUUGUUUGAACCUACUGAAUUCUGCAGUAUACAGGCCAAGUUCACUUCAUCAGGAAAAAGAAAAAUAAAAAGGAGCGGGCAAAAGCUCAAAAUAGGGAAGAAAAUUAAUGCCACUUACAGUUCUCAAGAAAAUCGCAGUGACGAGGACAGUGAUUCAACCCAUUCCUUUCGCUUUUUGAUUUUAGUGAUGUUAAAAAAGCUGUUUCUACUCAUUUUGUUUCUUAUAUUAAAGGAGACUGUCGCAACGAUUUGGUUGUUCUUGCGUUAAGAAUAUGGUCUUUUCUUUAUGGCCUUGUGAAAAGGAAUACAAUGUUAAAGCUUCGCCGUGUCUCCUAUAAAAAGAAAUGGCAAACAUGACUCUAGUGCGAGCUUGGGAGAUUGUAUUUCUUUGUUGAACUACGAAACAUCAAGUUCUAUUGUGCUAUAACAGCGCCUUAAAAUGUGGCGAACUACAAAAAGACAACUUCUUCUUAGACAGGAAAAUAUAUAUAUAUAUAUAUAUAUAUAAAGCAUUUCAGUUUUGAGAAAGAAAUUGGGCCAUGCAUGAAUUAUUGUGUAUCUAUUUGUCCUUGCGUCGUUCAUAAUGAAGUCUACAUUAUAUACUACCUGUCUCCAAACGUCAUGUUUUUGAAAGAACUAUGCGGUUUACUGGCGAUUGAAGGCAAAGAAUGUGACUCUCUCUAAUACGUUCUUCCAGUUUCAUGUGCUUGAUGUGGUGGUGGUGCUCCAAAGCAAGAAGCUACCAUUUCGAGUCGUCUCUUUCACAGACUCUUAUGGAUCCCACAAAUCCAACGAAAUUUUUACCUUCUGGCAUUUUUUAAUAGACAGAUGGCCGAAAACUCUGCCGCCGCCAACCUUCGCCAACUUCAAGCCUUUGACAUCGAAGAUUCCAGAGGUGACGUGAAUUCAAGAUCUCCAUACAAAUGCUAUGAUGAUGAUGGCCGUCUUAAACGAACUGGAACUGUUUGGACUGCAAGUUCGCACAUUAUAACGGCUGUGAUAGGAUCAGGAGUUCUGUCCUUAGCAUGGGCCGUAGCUCAAUUGGGUUGGAUUGCUGGUCCCACAGUGAUGCUUUUGUUCUCUGUCAUCACUUUCUACACUUCGUCGUUGCUAGCAGAUUGUUACCGUGUUGGGGAUCCUGAUUCUGGAAAGAGAAACUACAGUUACACGGACGCAGUUCGCUCCAUUCUGGGAGGAGUUAAUGUGAAUCUGUGUGGUACAUUUCAGUACCUGAAUCUUUUCGGGAUUACUAUAGGCUACACUAUAGCAGCUGCCAUGAGCAUGAUGUCAUUUAAAAGGUCUAAUUGUUUCCAUUCCUCGGGAGGAAAAAACCCAUGCCACAUGUCAAGCACCCCAUUCAUAAUCAUUUUUGGGGCAACUCAGUGUUUCCUUUCUCAGAUUCCAGACUUCGAUCAGAUAUGGUGGCUUUCCACAGUUGCUGCGUUCAUGUCGGCCACCUAUUCUUUGAUUGGUCUUGCUCUUGGGAUCGUCAAAGUUGCAGAAACGGGUAAAUUCAAGGGUAGCCUCACGGGAAUAAGCAUCGGAACAGUAACUCCGGCCCAGAAAAUAUGGAGGACCUCCCAAGCGCUUGGUGACAUAGCCUUUUCGUACACAUUCUCUGUUGUCCUAAUUGAAAUUCAGGACACCAUAAAAUCUCCACCGUCGGAAGCAAAGACAAUGAAGAAGGCCACACUGAUCAGUACUGUCGCGACCACAACAUUCUACAUGCUAUGUGGCUUCAUGGGGUAUGCAGCUUUUGGAGACACAGCACCUGGGAAUCUGCUAACUGGUUUUGGUUUCGACAACACAUAUUGGCUCAUAGACAUCGCUAAUGCUGCUGUUGUGAUCCACCUGGUAGGAGCAUACCAAGUGUUUUCUCAACCUAUCUUCGCUUUCAUUGAGAAAGUAGCAUCAAAAAGAUGGCCCAACAUCAAGAAGGAAUUCCAAAUUCCAAUCCCUGGUUUCUCCCCUUACAAUCUGAACCUGUUUAGGCUAGUGUGGAGAACAGUGUUUGUGAUGAUCACCAAUGUUAUAUCAAUGAUGCUCCCGUUCUUCAAUGACAUUGUGGGAGUCAUGGGGGCUUUUGGGUUUUGGCCCUUGAAUGUUUACUUUCCGGUGAAGAUGUAUAUUUCACAGAAGAAGAUCGCAAAAUGGACUGGCAAGUGGAUUUGUCUUCAAAUGCUUAGCUUGACCUGCCUUUUACUGUCAAUUGUGGCUGUUACUGGAUCUGUGGCUGGUGUCAUACUUGAUCUUAAGAAAUACAGACCGUUCAAAUCUGACGAUUUGUGAGUUUAAUCUUAAGAACAAAUUAACUGCAGUGGUUUGUGGGCAUUAAUAUGUUAGCUUGUUUGGAAAAUCUGAGGGGGAAGGAUAUAUCUUUUGUUUGAUUAUGUUUUAUUUUUGGGGAAUGGGAAUGUCCCAAUAAUUAAUCUCUGCCACGUGAUAGCCGUUUACUGAGUUAUGGAAUUCCACGUGCCGUUCUCUGCUGCGUCAACAUCUGAGCUUGAGAUGGAAAUUAUGCCCCAUGAAUGCCAAAAUGUCCUUGUCUUGCAGUUAUUUUGUUCAAUAAAUGCGAAUUCAUCUA